AAGAGACACGUUUGCAACAGACACGACUACCAUGGCUAGAAUGAAACUCAGAAAACUGGAGGAGUAUUUGCAAGGCGUCGACGGUUUCGAGAAGCCGAAAAUCCUGCUGGAGCAGUAUCCAACGCCUUCGCACAUUGCCAGCUGCAUGUUGUUUGACAUUCAGAGUAAAUACGACGAUCUCGAGAACAAACUCGUGGCCGACUUGGGUAGCGGCAGCGGCAUGCUGAGCAUUGGAGCAUUUCUGUUAGGCGCGCAGUUCACAGUGGGUUUCGAGUUGGACAGUGACGCAAUUGAGAUAUUCCGGAACAACGUAGCCGACAUGGAAUUGCCUGCCAUUGACUGUGUCCAGUGUGAUGUCAUUCGGGACCUGACCAUCGACAGUUGGGACAAUGUUUUCGACACAGUCGUAAUGAACCCACCUUUCGGCACGAAGCACAACGCCGGCAUGGACAUGCGAUUCCUAGAAAGCGCCGUUCGAUUGUCGAAUCAAUCAAUUUAUUCGCUUCAUAAGACGUCAACCAGGGACUACAUAUCAAAGAAGACAAAGGAGUGGAGUGUGACGGGUGAGGUUGUCGCCAAAUUGCGUUACAAUAUCGAUUCCUUGUACAAAUUUCAUAAGAAGAGCUCCGUAGAUAUCGAAGUUGACUUUUGGAAGUUUGAUUCUAGCAAUAAAAACAUUUGAGUAUGGAAA